CGAUCGGCGUAAUAUAAAAUUGUUUUAUAUUUUAUCCAAAUUUGAUGAUUUAAUAAUAAAAUAUAGACCAAUGUGCUUGUAAUUUAUAAGUGAUAUGCCUGGUACAAGUAGUUUUUGGAUAUUUCAGUUCUAGAAACGUUGAGUUUUCUUACUCUGGUGCUGAAAACGCCAAUCGGCGUAUUCCAGGGAUUGAGAACUUUACUUGUAUUGGUUUUGUUUUUUUUGAGAGAGAUAAGCCAUGUAUUCACUGAACAACAGUGUUUCGGAUACACAGUUUCUGAAACAUCACGUAAAUGUUUCCAGGAACAAUGUUUCGGAAACUCUGCCGUCCACACAGUCAGUUGCUUAGGUCAUGUCGCCCGAGGAAGUAGUGUUGUUAUGUGGUGCCUACAUUUUUUUGCAUAAGUCCAUUUCUAGUAAAAAGAAACGUAAAAGAUGGUGGGUCAGGAAUUACUUGCUAAGAAGACAAGACGUAUUAAGUGAUUUAUGCAUGUUUGAUGGAUCAUUUAUAAACUUUCUACGAAUGUCAAAAUCAGAUUUUGAAUAUCUUUUGCAAAAUGUUGGACCAUUUAUAGAGAAACAAGAUACAAACUUACGAAGUGCAGUUACCGCUGAAACAAGACUAGCCAUUACUUUAAGAUAUUUAGCUACUGGAGAUUCAUAUUCUUCACUCUCAUACACUUUUAGAGUUUCCAAACAAUUAAUCAGCCGGAUCAUACCCGAAGUUUGUAAGAAUAUAAAACGUGUGUUGAAGAACUACAUCCAGGUUCCGAGUUCCGAAGCGCACUGGAAAGAAAAGGCCCGUGAGUGGAACGAAUUAUGGAAUUUUCCACACUGUGUCGGAGCUAUAGAUGGGAAGCAUGUGGUUAUUGAAGCGCCUAGCAAUAGUAACAGUGAUUACUACAACUACAAAGAUCAGUUAAGUAUUGUACUACUGGCUAUUGUAGAUGCAUCUUAUAAUGUUAUAUAUGCAAACUGUGGUGCGAAAGGAAGAGCAUCUGACAGUGGCAUCUUUCAAGAAACGAGUUUCUAUCAAAGAAUGGUGGAACACCGUCUUAAUUUUCCAAACCAAGAAACGAUAUCACCAGAUGGACCUGACCUUCCUUAUGUAAUACUGGGCGAUAGUGCAUUCCCAUUAUCGGAAAACUUGAUGAGGCCGUACCCGGGUAUUCAUAACCGUGGCACAAUGAAACGAAUUUUCAACUAUAGACUCUGUAGGGCCAGGAGGGUUGUAGAAAAUGUUUUUGGAAUUUUAUGCGUGGUUUUUCGUGUAUUUCGUAAACCAAUUCCUCUCAAGCCUGAAAAGUGUGAACUUAUUGUAAUGGCAUGUCUUUACAUGCAUAACUUUUUAAGAAGGAAUAAACAAUCUAGAGCCUUGUAUACGCCCCCGAUGACUUUUGAUUUUGAAGACAGUGACCAUAAUGUCAUAGAAGGUGCUUGGCGUAGAGAGUAUACAGUUGAAGGAACUUCAAUUUUGGAAUUGGAAAGGCGACCUAGAAAUUCAGCACGUACUGCUACAAUCAUAAGGGAUCAAUUUGGUGAAUAUUUCAUGAGCGAAAGAGGAAGCUUGCCGUAACAAAACAAUGUAGCUUAAUGCUAUGGCGGUAGUGUUUUCGUAUAUGUUAGGUAGAAUAUUUACAUGCCUACAGCUGAUAACAUAAAAAUAAAAUAUGAAUAAUGCGCUCACUG